CGAACAAGCUGUACCAGUGAGUCAGUCAGUGAUCCCAGUCUUCUCUCUGCAACCAGCUUCGUCUCUUGAUGUAACACUGUCAACACAGUUACCUGGAAAACUGUGGACCAUCACCACACCCUGACCUUUGGGGCUCUUAAAUCAAGGUUGAGGCAAAUGCUGCAAAAUCGGAUUAUUUUGCAGCACGGUGCAUUCUAGAUGUUUAUUGUGUUGAUUUGUUUGUUGUGUCACUGUAAUUAUUAAGAAGGAAGUGUUGUCUAAGCCUACCAGGGAGGUGCUUCAUCAACAUUGGCUGAACCUACCCUCAGUGUGAUCCGUGUGAACAUCUUUCUCAUUGCUGUCUCAUUGUGUGUAGGUCUCAAGGUCUGUGUUGAGUUUGCUUGGGCAACAUUCAUGUCUGCACCGCUUUUUGGCUGUAUUGACUCACAAGCUCCCUUCACUCAUGUGUGAUGUAAGGACAUGCUUUACCAGGAGCCAACCUGUCCAUGAUCAGAUGCAUUGGAGUGUCACCCCUGGAAACAUCUUCCUGAGAAAAUGCAGAAUUUUAUUUCCAAACAAACCCUAAGCUACCAGCUUAUUCUUUAUGGAAGGAUUCAAAGGUUGUGUUAUAUUUUAAUUCAUGAAAAGACAAGUUAUCUCCUGAAUGCAUAACACCCGUCAGAAUGGCUUCAAGGAAAGUUUGCAAAGUGCACUAAUUAACUUCACUCAUGAUCGUGCAGGGCAGACACAAGACAAGACGCUGACAUGUCUGUGAGAAAGAUGAAAGAUUGAGUCACAGUAUACAUUACAGAGUCACAGUCAUCGCCAUCAGCUGCAGUUACCUGGCCAUGAUUCAGGCCUGAAGCAAACAUGCUGUCCCCCCGAUGGACCCAACUUUCUAGGCAAUCAAUUCAGCAAAUGUGCAGGUGCCAUCCAUAUUUGUGUUCACAUUCCUCAAUGAUUCUGCCAGGCAAAUGAUAAAUUUCAGAAAUAACCCUGGAGCUUGCCUCAAGUUCCUCCAUAAUCUCAAGUGAUGAUUCAGCAAACAAUAGCCCAGCAUUGUUAAGGCUUGAUGAUCAUCCUUCAUGCAUAUUUCUCUAUCUUGAGGACUUGUCAGCAGUUGGAGCCGCGUUUUUAUGAAUUAAUUUCAACAAAAUCAGAUUGUCUACUGUUCCCGUUGAUCAUGUCGCUGACGGUGAAAGGAGAUAGAUCGUCAACUGUGUCAAGGCAGAUCGUUUGAUGAUGUAGCAUAAAGCUUGACUGCAGAUUGACUGAUUGAAUGGCAGAUAUCUGAAAUACCUCAUGUGACUGAUGAAGGAGGACAAAUGUUUGAAAUUACUUACCAGAGUUAAGAUGUUGACAUAGUUUGGUGAGAGUUGUUGACAGUUUGCUGAUUGAUUGUAGCUCAGUGGGCAGUGUGUCUUAGUGUUUGAGUCGUUGUUGGUGUUAUAUGUUUACAUACUGUUGUGACAGCUACUUAACACCACAUGGAAUGGUAACUUGGGAGGUGUUGGACCUCCAUUGUCAAGGAUGUUUGAAGUCUCAAUUUGGAUCCAAUAAGCUUUGAAACACUUUGAUGAAAAAUUCAAAUUUGACAGCCAAAUUAUCAAUUAUCAUAAUCUUCUAGGCUAGGGCAUGAUGAGCCAAAUUAUCAUAAUCCAAAAUGUGAUAGCUAUUAUAUAAGAUGAUAUCACAUUGUAUAAGCACUAGAAGAUCAGGAUAAUUUACAUCCACGUGAUCAUGUAGGCACACUAUCAAUAUCAUCAACGUCAUCAACAAGUAGAAUGUUUUACUUGAAGGAUAACUUCAGCAUGUUUAGCUAUGUUGGCAUCGGGUACCUUGCUUCAAUCUACUCACUAACUACUCCCCAGUGUCCGUUUCUGCAGUUACUAUUCUCAAAGCAUAUUGAUAUCAGUGUAUCUCAGCUUAUUCCAUCAAAAUAACUCCAUCCUUCCUGACACGUGUUUCCAAUCACAGAUGACAUUCUUGUGUCUCUUGCCUGAUGCCCUCUUAUCGCAUUUCUGGAAUUUAAAGUGUAGAAUAUCAGUAGAUUUCGCAAGAACAGAUACUUAGGAUAAGGCAAAGCAGUUCAUUUCAGAUAACAUUUGUCAGAUUGACAUUUGCUUUUAUUUGGGCAGUGAUCAUGGCGACUGACAUGAUGAUGAAAAAACAUCUAGUGGACUAUUUACAAACUGUGUGAUUGUAUUGACUUUUAUUUCCAUUUUGGUUCAGAUGUUUUUAAGGUUGUUAGAUGCUAAUGUAGGUGAAUGAGUUUUAGCCUGGCAGCAAAUACCAAGUUGAAAAUGCUGAUAAAAUUUUGGAAUAUGUCAGUGAUUGGCAAAUAAGAUCAUUGUUUUUGAGUUACGUUGAUGCCACAGCUGUCAUUAGCGUCAAAACAUUCCCACACCAAAGGCGUUUAAGCUUUCUCUGGUGUCUGUUGUAUUUGUUUUUCCUGGAAGUAAGUAGACUCCUGUCAAUAUGAGUGUGCUCUCCUUAACAUUUACCUAUAGAUUGUAAAUCAGCUCUGACAUCCUGAGAUUGGGAUGUUCCUUCUUCAACAGCAGGUGUCACCAGGAAUAUUUUUCAGCGAAACUUUUGAAGAAAAUAUGGUCCAUAGUUGUGUCUGCUGCUGUGGCCCAUUGUGCUUGGUGUAAGAUACCAGGCAAUUAGCUUACCAGACAAGAAGGAAUGCUCAAGUGCUGACGUCUUUGGAUGUGUAAAUUUUGGAAAUAUUUCGGACUUCACGAUGAAAUUAAAGCAUACGAUUGAUGACCUUGAUCUGUGGUACCAAGAGCACAUGCGGACACGGAACCAUGGCUCCCCCAGAACUGGGCGAGACACAGCCAAUUAUCGGCAGAUCAACACAGUUCGGCAUGACAGGCCCCUCCUAAGCUCGCAGAGUGCGGGUCAACUUGGCCGACCCACAGCAGUUCCCUCCCUUUUACGCAUCUCAGCUAGAAGGACAAACUCUACAGGUAGCAGCAGUUUUGUGGAGGUCGAGGAUGAGGGUGAAUGUAAUUCCCUCGGUGGCAGUGGUGGGAAUCUAGCCACCGCCGCUGCUGCAUCAUCGGCGGUGCCGAGCGUUGACAGUGGAGGAAGAGCAUCGGUGCUGGGGUCUUUCCUGCACAGGCUCAACAGACCAGCCAUGAAGAAAUCAGAUGCGGGGAAGAUUCCACCACUGAAGAAUUUUAAGAAAGGCCAGAGUAAGAGCCCCUGCCUUCCCAAGAAGCAGCCAUCUCCCGACACCCUGAGUCCAGCUGUCAGAGUGCACUAUGGGUCGGGGACACUACACCCGCCACCCCUAGAUGAUGUGCUUCGGCGCAGCACAGAGGAUCUGGAGAUGCUAGACACAAGCAGUAAGGAGAAUGGCGGUAGCAUUGAUACCAUGCUGGAUGAUGUGGAUGAGGUGGAUGCUCAUCCCAUGCCCGAGACAUCCGAGUCGAGUCGAGUCAAGGCAGCCAUUGAUCACCUCCAUCAAAAGAUAGACAAGACGAAAGAGAUGAUCAAGACAGAACAGGCACAUAAAGAAGCUAACGUGAAUGAGUACCUGCGUCUGGCGUCCAGCACGGAGGACAAACAGCAGGCGCAGCGCAUCAAGACAGUUUUCGAGAAGCGCAACCAGAAGUCGGCUCAGGGCAUAAACCAGCUGCAGAAGAAGCUGGAGAACUACCAGCGGAAACUCAGCGACAUUGAGAGGCGUGGACUCCCUGGCCACAAACAAGCCAAAGAGAGGCUGCGAGAUGUCGGCCAAGGACUCAAAGAUGUGGGUGCCAAUAUUGUAGAUGGAAUAACAGGUUUCUCAGGUGGAGUCGUAGACAACAUUAAGGGAGCCAAAGAUACAAUAGUUGCAAAACCCAAAGAAUUUGCUCAUCUAAUAAAGAACAAGUUUGGAAGUGCUGACAAUAUUAAUCAAUUAAAAAUGGAUGAAGAGAAAGAAGAUGGAGAAACUCGGCAGCCUUCAGGAGGAACUUUACCUGCCAGACAAACUGUAGGAACUGAUUUCAAGUACGGGUCGGACGAUGAAGGAUCAAGCAUCACUUCAGGGUCAGGGUUCGGGGCGCAUAGUAGUCCCCACUCCACUUCCCAGAAUACCUCACAGCAACUUCCUGUUCUCACUCAAGCCGUCGUUGACCCCAUUCUGCUGGAGCUGGAAGAAAUGAAGGACUUCAACCGGAAGCUCACAGAUCAGCUCCAGAAACUUGCCGAAGAGUAUGACACAUACAAGGCUACGUCCACCUGCGAGAUGAGCAUACUGCGGGGCCUGCUGGAUGAGGAGAAGUACAAGGUAGACCGCCAGGAGGAUCAGAUCAACGAUCUCACAGAGCUGCAUCAGAACGAAAUCACCAACCUCAAACAGGAUAUCACCAGUAUGGAAGAAAAGAUUGAGUAUCGUUUGGAUGAACGAACAACGGACCUCAGUGAUCUCGUAGACAAUUGUCAGACAAGGAUCCAGCGUCUGGAACAACAGCAGCAGCAGCAGCAAAUCCUGUCCAUGGAGAUGGUCGAGAACGUCACAUUCAGGACAAUACUCACAAAACUCAUCAACGUUGUCCUUGCACUACUUGCCGUUGUGCUGGUUUUUGUAUCCACUGCAGCAAACCUCCUAUCUCCCUUUCUGACAUCAAGAAUGCGCAUCCUGUGGACCAUUGUUUUGGCAGUGUUCAUCACGGUCCUGUAUCACAGCUGGGACGGCAUUGAAGCUGCUGCUCAUUACUCAUGGGACAUGAUGACUAGUAUAUGGCCGUGGAGGUAGUGUCGCCGUCACCUGCUGCCGCACGGCAGUCUGGACUAUAUCUGUAUUUUGCUUCCACUGCAAUAACAUGAAAGUCUCAGGGACCCAGGGUUCCCAGCGACUGAGGGGCAUGACUCCAAGAUCUUCCUGUAUUCCGCUGACAACGAAUUGAUUUGCUACAAAUUGUGUUGGCAAGCAAAGGAUGAAGGUUCAGUGUGUCAGGCAGUGAUUUUGCCACUGUGCCCUGAUUGGCUGGAUUGUAGGACCUGCAUUAUCUGUGUUAAUUUGGAGUGAUUGGUUGAUCUGAUUAUCUGGUCUGCUUUUUGCCCACAAGCUGCCAAACCAGAAGGGAACCUGGAUAUGAUCUGCACAUUGGUGUAAUCAAUCUUUUGAGUUUCAUUACUUUUCAUUUCAUGGGAGAGUUUUGAAAAAGAAUUAAUUCAUGCAUCAACGAACAUAUUGGUUCACCCUGCACAGAAAUGUGCAUGCACGACAGUGUAGUUGGUUGUCUCUAAACGAUGUGGUUUGGAGGUGAUGAAUCCGCUCUUAGAAUGUUCGCUGUCAUGGAUGAAAGGGUGCCUCUCCGUGUCAUGUACUUUGAUAUUAAACCAAAGUUUUGUGUGUAGACUAUCCAAUGAGACUUUAUAGUUUUGUGGCAGAGGUGCAAUGUUCAUCCUGUCAUGUUUUGUGCAAUUCUAGCGGGAUUGGUACCCGCUGACAAGAUACCAUGAUUGCUAUGGUAUCCCACUUGUGAUCUUAGACCUGUUUUGGAUAGGUCAUGUGAUAUGUCACAUGACCCUGUCCUUACCUAACAAGGGCUGGCUGGCUGGCUAUUGGUGUUAUUGUGUUCUUGCCAUUGUUUAGUCAUCUCUGUUACUGUGCCCAAUGGUGAUGCACACAUGGUAUACGUACCAUUGUGAUGAAAUCUAGUCUGCUGGAAGGAAUUUCAGGAAUUGUUUCAUAAUUUGGAAGUUGUUCAACUGAAUGUCACCCUGAACAGUGAAUGCAGUUUGUUAAGGUGUGUUGCCUGGGAUUACAAAAUAAAUUUGAAUGUGUGAAGUUGUUUUAAAAUGGAGGAAGUAUCCAGGUUGUUGCCUGUUUCUUGCUGUCUCAGCAGACUAGGAACCAUUACUGAAUUGGUUUGACACCAUGUCACUCUUUGAACCUGAAUGACAUUCUUUACUAUGUUUUAUUUGCUUGUUUGUUCACAAUUCAUGUCAAGCCGUUUUUUAAAGCUUUAUUUAUGAACUUGUGCACGUAUUGUUUUCCAAAUCAGUUACAUUCUGUACGUCUUUUACAACAUAUCUUGAGCGACAUCUCAGACAUCUCAUUCAGUGACAAAUAUAUACAAAUCCUAGAUGAAUUUGAACUCAAAACUUUUGGCAAAUUGUCCAAUCUGUAAUUUGCAAAAUCUCUGGAAUCUUCUUUGAAAAAUAUUUGUUUUGGAUGUUUUGGAUGGGAAAUCUUCACGGGGCCAACUUUCUAUAUAGACAUUUUAUUUUCAUUGCACAAAAGAGUAAAGGGGAUUUUACAGAGGAUAGAGUUCCACCAUUUUCAUCGCCUUUUCAGGUAAUAUGUUUGGAGUAUACAUGUUGAGCACAAAAUAAGUGUUGACUUUUUUUUUGUUUAUUUAUUGGUACAAUUGUUUCUUGUAGACUUGAUUUUGCUUGUACAUCUGAAUGAGCUCCUGGUGUAUAUAUAAUGUUGCCUUCUUCCUCCAGUCAGUCGUGCAAUGUUCAUCCUUAUACUGGGGACAGCAAGCAGGAGCACCAGCUCUAACCAUUGCCAGCAUGUUAUCCAUCUGACCAGUACACCUUGUAUUGGUGUUAUCCACUCACAGUGUUAUUGAGGUGUGCGAGUGUUGCAAGCUCAAGCUCUAUUCUUCAUUGUCAUUAAGACUGUUAUUUGAAGUGAUUGAUACUGUUAUUUGCAGGGAUCAGACUCGACCUGUUCAUCAUAACAUUUGUUAUAUCUGUUGAAGGUUGUAAGAGAAUCUCAUAGAGUUAAUGUCACAGGUUUAGUAUUGAUGGUCUGAUGUCCCCAAUGUGUUGGUUUCUUACUAUAAAACAAAUUGAGACCAGUUUGUUGUCAUCACCUAUUGAUCAUUUGAGCUGACAUAUGGACAGAGAUGUCCCCUCAAACAGCAAUUUAAAUGACACGUUAUUGUGUUUUACUGAAGGAGCAUGUAGAUUACCUUAGAUUCCUUGCAAUAGUUGGUUCAAGCCUCAUGGUUCAAGCACUAGCUCGUCAUACAUAAGACCAGGGUCACCCACUAUGUCUUGUGUACUGUGAGAAACCCAUGCUUGGUGUCCCCAAUUGUGAUGUCUGGAAAGCAUUGUUAAUUCCAGUUCGCAUACAGUCACUCAAGUUUCCCUCAGACACAAUAGAUGUAUUAUGCACACCAAGUCUAGGAGUAUUUCCACAGGGUUUGAAAUCCCAUAGCUUUCAGUGUAGCAAAGAUAGGCAUCGCAUUUGAGCACACAAAGGAGUCUGUAAAUCAUCUACAUGUACAUAAUUUCAAUUUUGUGCCACAGUAUUUUGUCUGAUAACGUGGUCAGUUUGUAGGGUGGGUGCACAUCACUGCAUGUGGCUAUAUCAUAGGUAUAGCUGACAAUGCAUUUUCAAUAUCGUAAGAAAAUAUUAAAAUAAGCAUAUUUGGAUUGUUUUCAUGUCUCCAUGCAUAUAUUCAUAAAAUUUAUACUCAUAGAUGAUAUUUUGGCUACACUGAAAUAAAAUAGAAAUAUAUA